AUGAGUAUUAGGGAAGCUUGUGGGUGUACUUUCAAUCUGGAAUUGCACAUGAUCCAAUCUCCACAGAUUACAGUAGAUUUCAACAAAGAUUUUGAUUGUACAAACUAUAUUUUUGAAAGGUUUGUAUGCAAUUUGGCUUCUGAUAGCUAUGGUUGUGGCAACAUCCUGAGAACAGAACACUAUUAUCUAAUCUACUCAUUAAGAAUUCUUCCCAGAGACCAAAGAUUCUUACUGUUGAAGAGAAGCUAA